AACUCAGGAAAAAAUGGGGGUUUGUAAAUUCACCGUGGAGUGCGGUGGACGGCUUUGGCAAAGGCUUUUCGGCGCGAGUCUGCAUGCUCGUGUUCUUUAACCGUCCCCGCCGGGCUGGACGGGUCCCUGCCGGACGGCAGCGCCCUCGGAGAGGUCGGAGGGCAGGGUCGAAGACCAGGACGGGCCUGUAACUGUCGCGCGCUCUCUCUCUCUCGGACGCUCUGGAUCGACCCUUAGCGUCAGGGAUGCCCGCCAGCCCCCAGUGGAGGCGAAGAGGAGGCAUUGUCAGUGGUGAGCGAGGACCAGUCGUUGUUUGAGUGCGCCUACGGGACGCCGCACCUGGCGAAGACGGACAUGACCGCGUCCUCCUCCGGCGACUAUGGGCAGACGUCCAAGAUGAGCCCGCGCGUCCCCCAGCAGGACUGGCUGUCGCAACCCCCGGCCAGGGUCACCAUCAAGAUGGAGUGUAACCCUAACCAGGUGAACGGCUCGAGAAACUCCCCCGAUGAAUGCAGCGUGGCCAAAGGCGGGAAGAUGGUGGGCAGCCCGGACUCGGUCGGGAUGAGCUACGGCAGCUACAUGGAGGAGAAGCACCUGCCGCCCCCCAACAUGACCACGAACGAGCGCCGAGUCAUCGUCCCGGCAGAUCCCACGCUGUGGAGCACCGACCACGUGCGGCAGUGGCUGGAGUGGGCGGUGAAAGAGUACGGGCUCCCGGACGUGGACGUCGUGCUCUUCCAGAACAUCGACGGCAAGGAGCUGUGCAAGAUGACCAAAGAUGACUUCCAGAGGCUCACGCCCAGCUACAACGCCGACAUCCUCCUCUCCCACCUCCACUACCUCAGAGAGACUCCUCUUCCACAUUUGACUUCAGAUGAUGUUGAUAAAGCCUUACAAAACUCUCCACGGCUAAUGCAUGCUAGAAACACAGGGGGCGCAGCUUUUAUCUUCCCCAAUACUUCAGUCUAUCCUGAAGCUACGCAAAGAAUUACAACUAGGCCAGAUUUACCUUAUGAACCACCCAGGAGAUCAGCCUGGACCGGUCACGGCCACCCCGCCCCCCCGUCGAAAGCUGCUCAGCUGUCGCCGUCCACGGCGCCCAAGACCGAGGACCCGCGGCCUCAGCUGGAUCCGUACCAGAUCCUGGGGCCGACGAGUAGCCGCCUCGCGAAUCCAGGGAGCGGACAGAUCCAGCUUUGGCAGUUCCUCCUGGAGCUCCUGUCCGACAGCUCCAACUCCAACUGCAUCACCUGGGAGGGCACCAACGGGGAAUUCAAGAUGACGGACCCCGACGAGGUGGCCCGGCGCUGGGGGGAGCGCAAGAGCAAGCCCAACAUGAACUACGACAAGCUCAGCCGCGCCCUCCGCUACUACUACGACAAGAACAUCAUGACCAAGGUCCACGGGAAGCGCUACGCCUACAAGUUCGACUUCCACGGGAUCGCCCAGGCCCUCCAGCCCCACCCGCCGGAGUCGGCCCUGUACAAGUACCCCUCGGACCUGCCGUACAUGGGCUCCUACCACGCCCACCCGCAGAAGAUGAACUUCGUGGCGCCCCACCCUCCGGCCCUGCCCGUGACGUCGUCCAGCUUCUUCGCCGCCCCGAACCCCUACUGGAAUUCGCCCACGGGAGGCCUGUACCCCAACACGAGGCUUCCGGCCGGCCACAUGCCUUCCCACCUGGGCACUUACUACUAAAGACCCGAGCGAGGCCCUUCCCGACACCACCACGCGGUCACCAGCGAAUAGCCACAAACUCGGCUGGAGGAGAGGCGUCCACACGGGCCUCGAGGGGACCGGGGGAGCUUGGCGGGAGCUGGGGAGGAAGCCGCCGUGGGCGAGACCCAGAGACUCUCAGCGGGAGGGGGUUGCCAAAGUAUUACUACAGGAGUAGAGAGGAUGCUAGCUACGUCACGCGUAUGGACCUAUGAUCUGUGGCCCGACCUUGCAAAGGACAUUGUACGUAGACGCACGACGUCCCAGGACCAAGUGCAGAAGGGAGCGGUCUUAGGGAGUGUACACACGUUAGAGCAGAGUUCGGGGUCCUGCUAACCAUGCCGACCGGGGUUGAACCGAAGCAAUACAGAUAACACCGUCUUGACCUAGCCUACCGUUCAUGACGCCAUUUUAAGGAAAACUACCUGUAUUUAAAAAUAGAAACAUAUCAAAAGAAGAAAAGAAAAAAAGAGAGAGAGAGAGAGACUGUGCCACAGACGUCGACACGGAACUCAUCGGCGUUUGCCGUUUCUGGUGAAAUCGGAUUCGUUCCACGCGGUGGAGGGCGGUCGGCUCUCUCAAACUGUGAAGACGACCCAGGGUUCCCAACCCCUUUCCAGUGUUCCGGGGGCGAGGGGCCGAGCGGCGGGCGGACGGACGGAUGGAGGACGUGCAGGGAGGGCAUGUGGCCGGAGGCAGAGGGCUGGAGGACGUGCAAGAGGAGGAGGAGGCGGCGGCAGCGGAGGAGACGGCUGAGCAGGGGGCGGCGGGCCAGGGGCAGGAGCUCCUCCGGCCGUGCGGGCUGGACUUGGGGCCGAGCCGGGACUGUGGAGGCGGUGACUCGGAGACUCGGGGUUGGGUGCAGUCCGUCCCGCACCAAACCCAGUGUUGCAGGGAGGGCGCCGUGGAAGGAGGGAGGUGAAGUGGUGGAAUUCAGACACAGAAACGUGCAUCUCUUUUUUUUUUUGGUUUUUGUUUGUUUGUCAAAAGAAAAUUGUAACUGGAAUUGACUGCUAUUUACAAUGAUCAUUCAGGACAGCAGGCUCCCGUGGGGGCUGCGUUCUCCACGGGGUCAGGUGAGAGAAGCCAUCUUGGCCCCCGCGUGCCGACAUCCCCCCCUGGGCACCCGACAGCCCCCCGGGGCACCCAGUGGGGGGAGGCGGGCUCCAGUGCUCCUUUUGAGUCGCGAACGCUGUGCGUUUGUCAGAGUGAAGUAUACAAGUCAACGUGUUUUUCCCCCCUUUUUAUAUAAUAAUUAUAUAACUUAUGCAUUUAUACACUACGAGUUGAUCUCGGCCAGCCAAAGAUACAUGACAAAAGAGACAAUCGACGCUAUAAUGUGGCCUUGAAAUUUAACUCUGUAUGCUUAAUGUUUACAAUAUGAAGUUAUUAGUUCUUAGAAUGCAGAAUGUAUGUAAUAAAAUAAGCUUGGCCUAGCACGGCAAAUCCGAUUGACA